AUUACGUGCCCGGGAACUGCGACGAUUUGGACUUUUGGCACUUGGACGUAUUAAAAAGAAAAAAGUGUCGUUGGCGUGGAGUGGAGCUGGUGGAGGGUGAAUGCGCCCUUUGGGAACCACAGGACAGUGAACGUUUCGUCUCUCCCAGCGAGAAUCUCCCGCGGGCCCAGAGGUCGCUUCGGGAGCCCGGAGGGAACAUGGCGGCGCCCGGAGCCCAGGGCCGCAGCCUCUCCGGCCUACUCCCCGCGCAGACCUCGCUGGAGUACGCCUUGCUAGACGCCGUCACCCAGCAGGAGAAGGACAGUCUGGUCUACCAGUAUUUGCAGAAGGUGGACGGCUGGGAGCAGGACUUGUCUGUUCCCGAGUUUCCGGAAGGAUUAGAAUGGCUGAACACAGAAGAGCCUAUUUCUGUCUACAAGGAUCUAUGUGGAAAAAUAGUCAUCCUCGAUUUCUUCACCUACUGCUGCAUAAACUGCAUUCACCUAUUGCCUAAUCUCCGUGCAUUAGAACACACAUACUCUGAUAAAGAUGGUCUUCUCAUUAUUAGUGUUCACUCGGCUAAGUUUCCAAAUGAAAAAGUCCUGGAUAACAUUAAGAGUGCCGUUCUUCGAUACAACAUCACCCACCCUGUGGUUAAUGAUGCAGAUGCCGGCCUCUGGCAAGAACUAGAAGUUUCCUGCUGGCCAACUUUAGUCAUACUUGGACCUCGAGGAAACAUGUUGUUUUCUUUGAUUGGCGAGGGACACAAAGACAAAUUAUUUUUAUAUACUUCAAUUGCUUUAAAGUAUUACAACGACAGGGGACAGAUCAGAGAUGAUAAAAUUGGAAUAAAACUCUAUAAAGAUUCUUUGCCACCUUCACCAUUGCUAUUUCCUGGCAAAGUAACAGUAGACCAAGUUACUAAUAGAUUGGUAAUAGCAGACACUGGACAUCAUAGAAUUUUGGUCGUUUGGAAGAAUGGACAAAUUCAAUAUAGCAUUGGAGGACCCAACCCUGGAAGAAAAGAUGGAAUAUUUUCAGAAUCAACUUUUAAUUCUCCACAGGGUGUAGCCAUAAUGAAUAAUACCAUAUAUGUGGCAGACACUGAAAACCACCUUAUAAGAAAGAUUGACCUAGAAGCUGAGAAGGUGAGCACUGUAGCUGGCAUUGGAAUUCAAGGUACAGAUAAAGAAGGUGGAGCAAAAGGAGAAAAACAACCCAUUAGUUCCCCUUGGGAUGUAGUUUUUGGAACGUCAGGUUCAGAAGUCCAAAGAAAUGACAUUCUAUGGAUAGCCAUGGCAGGGACUCAUCAGAUAUGGGCACUCCUACUGGAUUCUGGGAAACUGCCUAAGAAAAAUGAGUUAACAAAAGGAACCUGCCUUAGUUUUGCUGGAAGUGGAAAUGAAGAGAAUCGAAACAAUGCCUAUCCUCACAAGGCAGCUUUUGCUCAACCUUCAGGCCUUUCCCUGGCCUCUGAAGAUCCCUGGAGCUGCCUGUUUGUAGCAGAUAGUGAGAGCAGUACAGUGAGAACCAUUUCGCUGAAAGAUGGAGCAGUGAAGCACCUCGUGGGAGGAGAAAGAGACCCCAUGAAUUUAUUUGCUUUUGGUGACAUCGAUGGAAUAGGAAUCAAUGCAAAGCUUCAACACCCCCUUGGAGUAACGUGGGACAAGAAAAGAAAUUUACUUUAUGUGGCAGACUCCUACAAUCACAAGAUUAAAGUCGUGGAUCCAAAAACAAAAAACUGUACAACAUUAGCAGGAACUGGAGAUACACAUAAUGUUACCAGUUCCAGUUUUACCGAGUCAACUUUUAAUGAACCAGGAGGCUUGUGUAUUGGAGAGAAUGGACAAUUACUGUAUGUAGCAGACACCAAUAAUCAUCAAAUUAAAGUGAUGGAUUUAGAAACAAAAAUGGUAUCUGUGCUUCCCAUCUUCAGAUCCGAAAAUGUUGUGGUAGAUGGCCCAUUUCUAGUAGAAAAACAGAAGACAUUACCCAAAUUACCUAAAUCUGCUCCAAACAUUAGACUUUCCCCCGUGACUGUGUGUGCUGGCCAGACUCUUCAGUUCAAACUCAGAUUAGACCUCCCGUCAGGAUCAAAGCUAACUGAAGGGGUACCCAGUUGCUGGUUUCUAACAGCUGAAGGCAAUGAAUGGCUGCUUCAAGGACAGAUACCAUCUGGAGAUAUAGAGAACAUUUCCAAUCAACCAACAAUUUCACUACAGAUUCCUAAUGAUUGUUUAGCACUUGAAGCCAUUAUAUCUGUCAGCGUGUUUCUUUAUUACUGUAGUGCAGACAGCAGUGCUUGCAUGAUGAAGGCAGUUUUGUUCAGUCAGGCUUUACAAAUAACUGAUACCCAGCAAGGUUGCAUAGCUCCAGUAGAGCUCAGGUAUGUAUUUUAGCCAGCCAGCUAGCUAGCAACCCAUUGCCACCACCUGCUGUCCCCAUCCUAUCGCUGUAAUUUAAUGAAAGAAAACUUCACUUCUGCCUCUGGAUACCCAGAUGCCCUUUGCUCAUUUCUAACAACUGAUAUUAAAAUAAAGCUAUGCUUCUUAUUUACUUUUUUUAUUAUAAACAGAUUCCUUUGCUCUGGCCAAUACUAGCUGAGUCGUUGAUCAUCAUUGGAAUCAUGAUAUUGUAAUCUGUGCUGCUAUUUGGCACAAGAAUGAAGUCCACACUACAGUAGAGAAUACUAUAAGAUAAUUUACAAUGAAUACUGAUAAUAAUACCAGAUAUUUUAACUUUUUCUACCUUUAUUAAUAACAAUCAGCACAAUUGAAUGUGUAAAUUUCGCAGUAACUUUAGGCAGAACUUAAGCUCCAAUCCACAUUUGUAUAAGAACAUGAACUAUUCAAGGCAUAAAAUCUGUUAUAAAGGAGAGUUUUGAUCUAUUUUUAUUAUAAAUAAUUUGUUCUAACAUACCACUUUAAUGCCUUAAAACUUUAUACAGGUAAAGUUGGACACAGAAUAUCUAAGGGCAUAUAGACCGACUCCUCUAAUUUUGUUUUUGAGUGACUACAUUCAGAUGAUGAAUGAGUCCCCAGAAAUAUUAUGACUUUCAAGGAAAAAAGGGACUUCAGGACACAUUACUUAGUAUCUGUGAUAAAUAAUUUAUUGUGACAGCUAAAUCUGAUGGUCAUGUAUCUUGCUUGUUUUGGAAAUUUACAUUUCACUUGUAAGCAUUACAUGCAGAUUCGUUGGGUUCAGGUUUAGAGGUUUUUUGUUGCCAUAUCCAGAAUUUAAAUUAUCAUUUAUUGUGAUGUUUAUAAAAAUCACUUUUAAGCUUUCAAAGUGAAAUUUUCAGUGUGAAGUAUUUUGAUGCUAUUAAUAGACACAGUAUAUCCUAAUAUAUUACUCUUCAAAAUAUUAAGGCCGAAAAGAAUAAUACUUUCUUUCAAUUUUUGUUGUUUUUUAACCCUAAAAAGAUAUUGAAAAAGUUUCUGCUGUCAUAAUUUAUAACUAUUUAAAAGCCUAAUCAUUUUUUCUUAAGACCUAUUCAACGUGUUUGUGAUUUAAUCAGCUUACAAGAUUUUAAAAACAUCAGGUGAACCAUGUUUAUUCAGUAAAUAUUUGUAGACAAUAUGGCAUAAUAUGCUUCCCUUCCUUGUGAAAAACAGUGCUAAAUUUGAAGUGUAAUCUUUUUAAAGCAUCACUGUUUAUUUUUAAUUAUUUUUUGGAAUGUUGUUUUGAAAUGUAUUAGUUUGUUUUAUUCAUAAGGUUAGCUGAAUCUCUGAAGUAAGGAUGUAUAAAUCAUGACAUUGAUUUAAUUAGUCUUCUGCUGAAGCGAUUUUUAAAGAGAAGUAUAGAUAUAAAAUUAAAAGGAAUCCUUUUUAAAACCAUGUGUAAUUACCUCAUAAACCUUUUCUCUCCACAAGCAAUCAAAAAAAUGAAAUGUUCUGUAAUAAAAGGGUGUAUAACAUUCUCUUUUAGGGAUAAUAGGCCUUAGGUUUUUUCUUUUCUUUUUUUUUUUUUUCCUUUUUUUUGUUGUUGUUGUUUUGAGGUGAAGUCUGGCUCUGUUGCCCAGGAAGGCAGAUACAGUGGCACGAUCUCAGCUCACUGAAACCUCCACCCCUGGGUUCAAGAGAUUAUCCUGCCUCAGCCUCCACAGUAGCUGGGAUUACAGGCACACACUACCAUGCCUGACUAACUUUUUGUAUUUUUAGUAGAGACAGAGUUUCACCAUGUUGGCCAGGCUGGUUCCAAACUCCUGGCCUCAGGUGAUCCGCCUGUCUCAGCCUCCCAAAGUGCUGGGAUUACAGGUGUGAGUCACUGUGCCGGCUGGCGUUAGUUAUUUUUUAAAUCUUAUUUGACUUACUAUAUUUCUUAUUUCUAGUUGGACAGGACGAGAAUUGUGGCCCAGUCAUUCUUUGUUUAAGGACAUAAACAAUUUCACACUCUAAAAGAAGUAUAUAUAAGUUUAAUCUGCUAAUUUAGAAGUGUCUGACAAUUUAUUUUUCAAUAUAAACACAGUGUUUGUUUUACAUUUUCAUGUACAUUGAAAAUGCAAAAGCAUUUUUUACAAUCUAUUC